GUAUAAAAAGGGAUCAUCCUUUUUCAUUUGAGGAUUAAAAAAGAAAAAAAAGCUUUUUUUUUUCCCCUUCCUCUUUCAUUAUUUAUCCAUAUACUACCAUCUCCCCUCAUCCCCAUUUUGUACAUAGUCAUCUAUCUAUUCCCCCUUUUAUCUAGCUAGCCAUGAACAUGGAAACAUAUAUCGGUUAUAUCAAAACACCGCAAGAUGCAUUGAUUCUAUUUGAAGCAUGCAGAAGGGGCAUGUUGAACAGAGUGCAGAGAAGACUCACUUCAAAGGAGCGUAUGAAUAUUCACUCAGGCUCUAUCUUUGCCUGGGAUGAACGUGAAGCGGGCAUGCGAAGAUGGACCGAUGGACGCACAUGGUCACCCAGUAGGGUCCUGGGGAGUUUCUUGACGUACAAGGAAUUGGAUACGAAACGCAGACCUCGUAGACCACCACCACCAUUACAACAACGACAACAAUCACAACAACCUGCUUCUAUGCGUAGUACGACGAGUACACAUCAUGAUACCACUCAUCAGCAUCGACAAAUCACGUUUUCUUACAAGCAGAAUGGAUUGAUCAAGCAAAGUUUUUCUAUUUGCACUACCUCUCAUCAAAGGAUCCAUUUGAUUUCUUAUUACACAAAACAAGAUAUACUCUCGGGAAGAUUACAAAGACCCUCACAGGAUCAGAGAUUAAGAUCUAUUGUCAUACCCAAAGGCUUGUAUCCAGAGUUGAAUCCAUUGGACAUUGGCGGUGGCCAUAUUGCUUCCAUGCACUCGAUUCGACAAGAAUACCACUACUUUUCCCAAUUGCAACAACAACAACAACAACAGCAACAACAACAACAACGUCAUGACUCGAUUGAUUCCAAUUGCUCUCAAAUGACGCUCUCUUCCUCUUCCACCUCCUCUUCCUGCACCAAUUUACUCUCCCCUUUGCCAAUACCUACGACGCCCACGACCACCUCUUAUUCCUUUUAUCAACAUGAUCUUUAUCAUUACCCACAGAAAGAAAUCCAUGCUGUACCGCCCAUCUUUAUCCAAGACAUUGCCUGGGAAAGAUUGCCUUGUUCCGAGGACAAUCGACAAUUAAAUGCACUUCGAGACCAAGUGCGUAUUUAA